AUGCGAGCCACACAAUGCGCGCUGCGCCCAAGAGUGCUGCUUAGGGCAUCACUCGAGGUGAGACCAGCUGUUUGCCAGGUACGCAGUGCGAGGUUUGUUUGCGCGCAGUCUGCGAGGCCGAUACCCAGGAGGACGUUUGCGACGUCUUCAGCCAUGUUCUCGGCCAAGGCGCCAGAGGUGAAGAGAGGCGGGUCGAAGCUGUUUGAGUCGGCGGACCAUGCGGUCGCCGACAUUAAGAGCGGGUCGACAAUUCUCAGCUCUGGUUUCGGCCUUUGUGGUGUUGCCGAAACACUCAUCACUGCCCUGCACCGCCGCGGCCCCGAAUCCCUACACUCCCUCACGGCCGUCUCCAACAAUGCCGGCCAGGAAGGCAAGGGCGGCCUUUCGGUUCUCACCAAGGCGGGCCAGGUUAGCAGGCUGAUCCUGACCUCGCGAGAGGAUACGCGCGCCGUGCCGUAUCCCGCCUCUACACCCCACGGCGCUCACUCCCUGCUGCAGACGGGCGACAUUCCUGUGCGGCUCGAUGCCUCGGGCAAAGUGCUCGAACGAAGCCAACGCUCGCGAGAGCCGAAGAGUUUGGCGGCAAAGCCUAUCUCAUGGAGAAGGCGCUCACGGGUGAUGUGGCUAUCCUCCGCGCCUGGAAGGCCGACGAGGCCGGGAACUGCGUCUUCCGGUACACGACCAAGGCCUUUGGUCCCAUCAUGGCCAAAGCCGCCACCCCUAACCAUCGUCGAGGCCGAGAACAUUGUGCCUGCUGGCGCCAUUGACCCCAAUGACGUCGACCUUCCCGGCAUCUAUGUCGAUCGUAUUGUGCCGGCGACGGCCGAGAAGAACAUUGAGAUCCUCAAGACACAGGAGUCCCUCGCAUCACCCCCCGGCUCGCCAUCCUCGACCUCCUCCUCAGCGAGCGCUGCCCAGAGACGCCGUGACCGCAUCGCCAAGCGCGCGGCGAAAGAGCUCAAGGAGGGCUUUUAUGUCAAUCUUGGUGUCGGUCUGCCAACACUGGCGCCAUCAUUCCUUCCCCAGGGCGCCAAGGUCUGGCUGCAGUCGGAGAACGGCAUCCUUGGCAUGGGCCCUUACCCUGCUACGGCAGCCGACGCCGAUGCCGAUAUCGUCAACGCUGGCAAGGAGACUGUCACGCUCGUUCCCGGUGCCGCAACGUUCGACAGCGCCGAGUCCUUCGGCAUGAUCCGCGGCGGACAUGUCGAUGUGUCGAUCCUCGGCGCACUGCAGGUCAGCGCCUCGGGCGACCUGGCCAACUACAUGAUCCCCGGCAAGGUCAUGAAGGGCAUGGGUGGCGCAAUGAUCUGGUCUCCAAUCCUGAAGGCACCAAGAUUGUCGUCGCUACCGAGCACGUAG